AUGUUUGAUCUAAGCAAGUCGGCCAACAGCGACAUGGUAUUUCAGAAGCUCGAGUUUGAUAAGAGAUCGUAUACUGAAGAGCCGUACUACCCCCUGGAGCCUGAAGCCCAACAAUGUCUACCCGAGCCGGAAGAUGCUGCAACAGAGGACCUGGCAUCUACGAUAACAGGUCCACGCGUUUCGACCGAUGGCACGACGAAGUACAACCGUAUUGCGGAAGACGACACCGAUGGCGCCGUACCAGUGGUUGACUUACCCAACAACAGGUUGGGCUUUUUCACCAUCGUAACAGAUUGCGCCGCUGUGGUUCUUCCCUUGGGUCUCAUUGUCUUCAUUGUCAUUGUGUGGCGCCUUGACGGUUCCGAGAGUACCGAAAGCUCCCGCGGGGCUUGGCGAAACGCAAUCACGAUCCUCGCGACUGCUUUUCCGAUCCUGUUUGCGUCAGUUGCAGGUGGUCUUACAUAUGAAGCGGCUCGCUGGAAGCUAGAAAUCGGCACGACCCUCGGUUCUCUCGAGCAGUUCCUAGGCAGCCGAACGGUCGGCGCCACCCUACUCAAUCUGAUCCAACUUCGAUCAUUCAAUAUUGUGGGUGCUACUUUGGUAUUGAUAUGGGCACUCUCGCCUUUGGGCACUCAAUCUAUUUUGAGAAUGAUGUCCUCACAAAUCGCCCCGGACAACAGAAACACGACGAUAACCUACUUCGACACCAACGCCGAGAGUCAGGCCAUACAGUGGGCGACCUGGGUGGGAUUUUCAUACUCAACCUCCAUGGCGAGCUUCCGACCCAUGUCGACAUUGUAUAACACCCUGAUUUCAAUGCCUGAAGGACUCAAAGCGGAUGCUAUGGAUGUCUGGGGCAAUGUCAAAAUACCUUUCCUGAAGCGCUUAGACACAAAUGACUGGUUGGACUUGGAUCAAGAUCUCGGUGUGAAUGAGUAUUCGUCUUUGGCCGGGAUCCCUCUCAACAGCAUCGAAGUUGGACACACCGUAUUUUCACUAGAGUCUAGCUACAUUAGCUUAGACUGCUCGGAUGUUGAAAGCCUCAAGAUGGAUCUAGGAGCCGACGAUCUGCUGAAAGAAGAGGUAUUUCACGACGACCUAUCAGCCGCUUCUCUGGCUGUAGACACCAGGUACACAAGAAACGCCAAGUUGCCAAAUGGUACAUGGCAUGGAUACGACUACACAAGAAACGUCUCCGGGCUAGAUUCAACCUGGAUUCUGGCGCUCGACAGAUUUGUAGAUCGGAUAUGGUCGAUGAAACCUGCUGAUUAUCCUACAAAACCAGUCGUUGGUCCUUUGCAUGGUCGUGUCGAGGAAAUGCAUCGGCCCCUCUUAUUCAAAGAUGAGCAACAUGUCAACGCUGGGCCGGCGACUCUUCUAUUCCAAAGCAUAUUCCCCCCUCAGGAAAACCACCCAGGAUGUUCAGCAAAGAGCCUCUGCAGGGUAUCUCAGGAGUACGCCGAGUCCCGCGUCAACUGUUCUCGCACGGCUCGCACCGACAGAAACAACUGCACCGUGAUAGCCCAGCGGAAAUCUCAGAAGAAAAAUGCUCCUGGGGAUAUAUCUCAGCUAUCGUUCCCCGCCGUCUUUGACUUUGUCUCUCGCGAGCUUCCGCUCUCCAUCGGAGGCUCUACGGCGUACAAGUCCGAGUUUUCGCUUUACCACCUCGCUGAUCCAGGGCUUAGACAACUGAGGUCCGACGAUUACUGCAUCAUAGAAAGUGUCACAGCCAAAGAUAUGGGAGUUCGACUUAGCCAGCUCCUCAAUACCUACCUCUUGAUUAGCCAGCUUUCGUUCGAGAUUGCGGAGUGGGAUGCGGAUAAACCAACGUUUAGGGCCAAGAUCUCCGUCGAUGCAGAAACAAGUACCCCUGUGAUCAACUUUGAGAUCUCCUCAUUAUGGGUUACGCUUUUCUUGGUCGCGAGUAUCGUGCUUCUUGCAGCUGGUAUCUCGAGCGUCGUCCUCAAGCACUGCACAUAUGGGCCAGAGAUCCUUGGUUACGCUUCUACUGUGUUACGAGAUUCGAGAUUUUUUGAUGUGCCAAGAGACUAUAGAAGGCUGGAUGGGAUUGAUCUGUCGCGCAAGAUGAAAUGUGAGCGGCUUCGUUUUGGCUUAGUACAAGACUUGAAGGAGGGACAGCCUCGAACGGGAGUUGGUUAUCAAGAGAGUACGGGUCGAUUAGGGAAACAACGGAGUCGUGACUGA